GAGUUUCCUUGUACUCAUUGUCUUGUUGACGAUUCUGAAAAUACAGAAAUUACAUAUACAUUUUUGUAAGUAUCAUUAAUUUCAUCUGGGCUUUUCUUCAAUUAUGGGUUUGUGGGAUUCUCUUCUCAACUGGCUCCGGAGUUUAUUUUAUAAACAGGAAAUGGAACUUUCCUUGGUAGGUCUUCAGAAUGCAGGAAAGACAUCUCUUGUUAAUGCCAUUGCUACAGGUGGUUACAGUGAAGACAUGAUUCCAACUGUUGGCUUUAACAUGCGGAAAGUAACAAAAGGCAAUGUAACUAUCAAACUUUGGGAUCUUGGAGGUCAACGGAGGUUUCGCACUAUGUGGGAGCGUUAUUGCCGGGGCGUUUCGUCGAUUCUGUAUGUAGUUGAUGCAGCUGACAGAGAUAGCGUUCCUAUAUCACGGGCAGAGCUGCAUGAGCUCUUGAGUAAACCUUCGCUUAGCGGAAUCCCAUUGCUUGUUUUAGGAAACAAAAUAGACAAGUCAGAAGCUCUCUCAAAGCAAGUCUUGAUGGAGCAACUAGGUCUUGAUACAAUCACAGACAGAGAAGUCAGUUGCUACAUGAUCUCUUGCAAGGACUCCGUGAACAUUGAUGCUGUUUUGGACUGGCUAAUCAAACACUCUAAAACAGCAAAAUGAAAACUUUUUGCAACUUGGUCCGUGUUCAUAUGUAAGUUUGUUUGCAAGUUUGAUGUUUAUAUAUUACUCGAAAAUCCUUGUAAUAAGUGAGUGAUAUUGCUGAAAAUUCGUUUGAAAAAUAUACGUGGAUUUUCUGGAUAA